GAUGUCACCCUUUUCCGGUUGAGAGCCAUUACGUUGAGAGGGGUGUAAGCCGGUUUCACGUAAUCCUCAGCCAUCUCCCAACAGUUCACGUCUUACGCCACGAAAUCAUAAUGGCGAAACUAUUUGGAAAUUUUCUCUUUUUGAUGCUCCUGUUAUUGCCAACGACUAUGAUGUUUGUUGGACAAGGCAGGACCAGCAGCUUUGCCAUGGCAGACGAUGCUGGGAACGACCCAAUAGAAGGCGAAGAUGAUGAAGCAACGGUGGAGACAGACGAUGGAGCACAAACUGGCGAUAGUGGAGAGGAAGGAGAAGUACUGGCCACAGAAAAGGAAGAGGAGGAGGAUCAGCCACUGAAACCAUCUGAGAAUGCUGACACCUUCAUCUUGUUCAUGAAUCCUGACAUUCCAUCCGGGGACAACAGAGAAAUUCCUGCUGGCAAGUUGGUUCGUGUGCUCGUGGGAUUCACCAAUAAGGGAGACAAGGAGUUUGUUGUGGAAACAAUGGACGGAUCAUUCCGCUACCCACAAGACUUCUCUUUCUAUGUCCACAAUUUCACUACAGUGUCCUAUAGCCAAGUUGUAGAGCCCAAGAAGCAGGCAACAUUUGAAUAUGGAUUUACUGCCAAUGAAGCCUUCAAUGCCAGGCCUUUUGGUCUCACCAUCAACCUCAACUACAAAGACAGUGAAGGCAACUACUUCCAGAAUGCUGUUUACAAUGAAACUAUAACUGUUGUGGAGCCUGAUGAGGGUUUGGAUGGGGAAACCUUCUUCUUGUACGUGUUUUUGGCGGCAGUGGCUGUCCUUUUGCUAGUCGGAGCCCAGCAGUUGCUGUCCACUUAUGGACGGAAACGUCUGCUGCCAAAGCACAAGCCCAUAGUAGAAAUGGGCACCCAGAAGUCCGAUGUAGACUACGACUGGCUCCCAAAGGAAACGCUCCAGGAGAUGAAUCGUUCUCCUCGGCGUUCCCCAAAGCAAUCACCUCGCCAGCGAAGAAGCAAAAGAUCUUCGGGUUCUGGCGAGGAGUAAAGGAAUGGCAUCAGGAGCGAGCACCAAUUCUGCUGCCUAUCACGCGGGAUCAUGACAUCCCUGUCAAUCUCAUCACUGUUUUUCACAAUAAAAUAUACACACCUCGUAA